GCUGGCCCUUUUGGCUGUUCCAAGCGUCUCUACCACGGCCUUCUGUCGCUCGCAUCGGUCUCCUCAGAUUCAUUCAUCUCCUCGAGCGGCUGCCCUUAUUACCUCCAACCGUCCCUCACCUGUGCCAAGCUUUGGACACGUCUCAUUGCGAGUGGCUUGCAAUGAAAUCCUGGUCUCGGCUGGAGGACGCCCGCCUCAUUGAAGCAGUCCAGAACAAUGGGGAAAAGUGGGGGCUGAUCGCUGCAAGCUUGGGGAGAAAAGCAAACGAAUGCAUAGAGCGACAUAAGCAGAUCAUUGCAGAGGGCAGCAUCCCAAUCAAGAAGGAGCCUGGGACCGUUCUUCCGAGCUCCAACCGCAUGCCGCUGCAGGAUGCCACAUCCAAGACGAAUGUUGUCGUCCCGUCGACACCCUCAAAUACCAGAUCCAGCAGGCUCAGCAACGCUCCCCAAAAGAUCACCGCUGCCCUUCCCGCAACCCCGACCCACUCAGAUUUCUCAGUCCCGACGACUCCACGACUCACUCACAGGCUCACUUCGUUUCCGCUGGCCUCACCCUCGGCAAAGGAAAAUAUGCCCGUUUCCUCUGGAGUCGGCGCCGAUGCAAGUCGGUCUGAUCUCGGCGACGAUCUCCGCAAGGAUAAAAAGAAAAAACUCCCCCUUCCCCGGAAAACCCCCAACUCCAAAGUAUCUGGCUCCAAAGACCCCACUGGUGCCGAUGGAAAGUCGCUCCCUUCCGCCGGCUUGUCUGCUAUCAUGCCUCCCAGCCAUCCACUUCUGCAUAGCACUGCCCUGCCGUUCUCACCAUUCAUACCUACCAUGGCUGUCGAUCCUCACUGGCUCGAACGCCAUUUUGGUGGCGCCAUGGUUCCGCCAAGGACAUCGCAGGAUGUAGUGGAUCCUCAGACCCAAGAGGGGACACCGACUCAGGCAGCCCCGGCACUAGCCAUCUCGAAUCCAGAUCCCUCGUCCGGGACAUCCGCAAAUCUUUCCCUCGUCCCUGGCGUGGCUGCCUCACCUGACUUUGUCGCCCUUCCCCCCAUGCCAUACAUCUUCCCAGGCAUGCUUCCCCAUGGCGUCGAUGGAUCCCUGGCAUUCAACCCUCAAGCAUGGAUGGCAUGGAAUGCGGAUCCCAACAAUUCUGGUGCUGUUCUCUGUCCGCCGCCAGGAAUAAUCCCAUCGGUGUUUCCAUUGGCACCAAGCGUAUCGACGAUGGCCCAAGACCGCCCCACGAACCAACCGAACCAGCCCAAGACUCCCAACGCAAGAAAAACUGCCGCUAAAUCAGCCUUGCCGUCAAAUUCCACCAACAAGCACAAACAGAUUGCACCGAUGCCAUUGCUCGUGCCCAUCAAGCAGGAGCCGCCACACCCAGCGGAUAUUCCAUCGAGCUCACAGCGCUCAAAAGACAUCUUUACCUCUCCACCUCCUUCAAAAGUCGCCCGUCCCAAAUCCAACGUCGUCCCUCCAACGUUCAAAAAGUCACACCAGAAGAAAAUACCUCCUCCGGAGCAGCUCCAGCAUCUGGAGGAUGCCGAUGACGACAGCAAUAGCGAGUCCGACCCGAGCGCUCUCGUAUCGCUGGCUCCUGAGUACGGUGCUCAAGAAUCAUGGGGUCUUCGGGAGCAUAUCCACGCUGUAGCUCCUGUACCUCCCAAGCACGCUUAUGGAUAUUCAAAAUCCCGCACGGGCAUUGCACCAUCCCAGUCAUCCACGGCAAACGAGGCUCUGCUCUCUGGUGGCAGGGAUGUGAGUCACCCACGCAAUGCAGUCGGUGAAUUGGCCGAAGGACAUCUAAACUCAAACGCCCGCGAUCACGAUGCUUCCAAGCAUCAACCUCAUCUAUCAAGCGAUCUCUAUAUAUCAGAUCAAGAUGAUCCGCCCUCAGCUUGGACGGAUUAUGAAAGUAAAGUCGGUGUCAACGAUCCUGUCGGCGAAUCAGAUGAAGAGGUUCGCAAUGGCUCAACCAUAGCCGCCGGUACUCCUUCGCAUCGAUACACAAGCAGGGCCUCCUCCAUCACUGACAACAACGACAAUGCAAACUAUGUUGGCGAUGACCAAGAAGAUAUGCUAGUCCAACAAAUGAUCAAGCAACACGCACGCCAAGCGAACUUGAAGGAGGAGCAGCUCGAGGAACUAGAUAUGACGGCCUCUGCGUCGUCAUUACUGCGCGGAGGAAGUGGCGAGAGGAAGCUGAUCACCACAACCACCACAACCGAAGAGAUUAUCGAGGAGCCACGCGUUAACGGAAGCAAGACUAUCAAGCGCCGCAUCACGACUGUAACAACGACGACUACAGUCGUCGACAGUAUCCUUGACGAAGGCGGUACCGGCGGCUCGGCGAUAAGCCAAACUCCAGCGAAACCCGAGCUUAGACGGAGUGCCAGUCAAUCGUCAAAGCGGGCCGUUGGCGCUGCCGGUGCUUCUGCAGCUCACUCGUCUGUCGAAAGUGCAAAGGCAGAGCCUGCUCUGGAAGCAAGGUCAAGCCUUUCCAAGGUAAAGCGGAUCGCUAUUUCGAAAGUUGGGGCCGGAAAAGGCUCGGCUGGCUCCAGCAAAGCUCUUGUCCCUGCCCCUGUCUCUGCCGAAGACGUCGGUCAUGACACUGCGGACGUGCCUGAAGAAACCGAGUUGGACUUGCUGUUCGAAGAUUACCUGGAAACCGAUGACGCUGAUGACAGCUUGAUCCCGACCCUGCGUCCAAUCGACUGGGACUGCGAAAGAUCCGCAUUCAGCACCGACCAAAUAUCCAUGCUCAGGCGACAGCUGUCCCAGAAUUUCCAAUUUCUUGUUCAGGCCUCGACGAUGAUGAAGGAGAUCAAAGGCGACAGUCAUCCCGAAGUUGAAGACUGGCAAAACCAGAUGUGGGAGCUACUCCAAUGCAAGCAGGAGUCGACCGCUGCCCACUCCUCACUAGAUCCGACUUUCACGAACCUCUACGAUAUUCCGAAUCUCGAACGAGUCCCAGAUGUCGUGGCCAUUCCUCUGGACCAGCGCGGCACCCGUCAUCGGGAAUUCCAGCAAGCAUACGAGCUCGUCUCCACGUUUCAGGAGAAGAAAAAGUUCCUCAAGCGUCUUGAAGAAGAAAACAAAAAGCAGCAGGUUCUCGGCGCAGAUCUCAACAAACGGUUUCGUCGCCGCGGCCUGGCGCCUCGCAUUUCGUAUUACCUUCCUUGGCCAGAGGGCCUCGAAAAGGCUCUCAAUAUGUGCGGACAAGCUUUUGAUCCCAAGCUUCAUCCUACAGUGCUGCGAAUGCGAAGACCAAACUCCUACUUUAUGGAGCAAGAAGAUCAGCUUCUUCUCAAAGGACUGCAGUUCUUUGGCUUGAAUGGCAUAUCGUCAAUCCGGGCCCAUUUGCUCCCGACACGAACCCAUCAGCAGCUCAAUUCUCGAAUCAAGACGCUUCUCGGUCGUGUUGUUUUGUCGAACAACCCAAUUCGAGACCUGUUUUGGAAGCCAUUCAAGCCACUCACUAUUUCCGAGCGCGAGCUUGUGGCAAUGGCGGUGCAUGCAUUCGGCGCCACUCGAUCCGAAGCAAUCCUGCCUCAGCUCUUAGACCACCACCCAAAGUCGCUGAUUCUCAUGACAUGGGCGAGCAUGUACUCGCUGCACGAGGUUGGCGAAUGCCAUCUCGAAAAAAUCCCUGCCAUCUUCGAGCGGCUCAACCGAAUCAUUUCUCAAAGGUUGCUUAAAGAGCCACCGCCUGAUGCAGCACAGGCCGCGCGAGUGACGGAUACGUCCUCGGCUCCACCAACCGCUGCUGGGCCGAACGACUCGGCCGGCCCGCUUGUUUCUACAACCGAUGCUGUGGGGACCCAUCCGAUUGGACCUCCAACGGGGUUACCGGCAUCGAUAAUGCCUCCAGUGGUGCCGCCGGUGGGCUCCGUGCCAUUCGGGCCCCUCAAUCCCAUGGGACUCUUUGACAUCAAGAAUAAUCCCGCCAUGGCUGCGGCGGUUCCGCAGCUCAUGAGCAUGGGCAGCCAAUCCAAUGUUCCCAUGCUCUAUCCCCCGCAAGCCUACUAUGGAAUGCCGACGUAUCCUCCGUUUCCGUUCUUCCCCGUGGUUCCUUAUUCGGCACCAACUGAGUCUCCGGACACUCGGCGGCCGCGACCCAUCUUUCCAAAACGUACCGAACCACAGACACCGUCAUCGACAAAGGCGCCUGGAACGCCUCACUCAAACCCCAGGCCCAUCCUAUCUAAUCCUUCCAGUCGGCCUUCGUCAUCCAAGAUCCUUGCUGCCAACGGUGAACUGGGAGAUAAAAAUAAGAAGCCGCAAAGGACUCGCGCUACACCCAUCAAUCUUCGCAGCAACCCAGCACCCGCGUCUGCGGUCCCUGAACCCUCACAAGAGCAGCGCUCGCAGUUGCCUGCCACGCCACAUCGCCAGAGCAAGAAAGGCCAUUCGGGAUCGCCGCGCUUCGGAGACGUUGGGUCAUCGCCUCCUAUGCGCCCAAAUGACCUGCUCAAAUCACCCACGACAGCGCGAAAGUCCAUAGGAAUGAUCUUGGACUCCUCAUUUGAUCUCGUGCGUGAUCUCGCAGCCAAAGGCCGGCGACCAACGGCGCCUAUCGCUUUGCGUGCCGCCAUAGAUACCCGUCACAACGAGAAUGACGAUUACCCAGGGACGGAACCGCGGAGGGCCGAGAACACACCCAAGCCCAAGAGAGCCCAAGAUGUUGUUUCAGCCUCGCUCGCAUUCAAGCGUAAGCUGCGCAGUGGAGACGACGAGGGCGACAACAUUGCCGAUCGCAUCAUAAAGCGACGGCGCGGGAAGCUAUCCGUGGGGGCGCUGAAAACACGAUCUACCCCUCACGGCACCGGCAAGGGCGGAUCGAAGCAAGCGCAGAGCUCAAAAUCACCGCGAAAGCGGUUGCGAACUCUCUCAGGAGGCAAAGCCGAUAGUGCCCCUGUUGAUCCCAACGACUUUUUGGAUCGGAUUCUCUCGUGAGUCCUUCGCGGUGCAAAAUACGGAGAGUCUCGGAGAAUGGCAACGCCUGAUAUAGAGGAAGCGAGGCGCCCGAUUUUUUUGGUCACUUUGUCUUUAGCUGUGAAUGCAAUAAAAGGGGCAUCCGGGUUUUGAACGAUG